AUGGCCGUCGCCGCCCAGGAGGGCGCGGACUCGGGGCGUCGGCAGCCUCGGCGGCACCAGGCGCUGCGCGGGUUGCUGUUGCUCUGCCUGUGGCUGCCCAGCGGUCGUACGGCCGUGCCACCGGCGGCGCCGCUGUCCGAGCUGCACGCGCAGCUCUCGGGCGUGGAGCAGCUGCUGGAGGAGUUCCGCCGGCAGCUGCAGCAGGAACGACCGCAGGAGGAGCUGGAGCUGGAGCUGCGCGCCGGCAUCGGCCCGCGGGAAGGCUGUCCAGGCCCCGGCGGCGACGGCUACAGCGCCAUGCCCGACGCCAUCAUCCGAACCAAGGACUCCAUCGCUGCAGGUGCCAGCUUCCUGAGAGCACCGGCGGCCGUGCGGGACUGGCGUCAGUGUGUGGCGGCCUGCUGCUCCGAGCCGCGCUGUUCGGUGGCGGUGGUGGAGCUGCCCAGGCUGCCUGUGUCCCCGGCGGUCGCGCUCGGCUGCUACCUCUUCAACUGCACUGUGCGCGGCCGCAGUGUCUGCAAGUUCGCACCGCAUCGCGGCUUCAGCAGCUACAGUCUCAGCCGCGCCCCAGACACCGGGCUAGGAGACUUGGAAGCUGGAGACCCCGCUCUGGCCACCGCCUGGUCCUCGCCCCGGCUGGACAAGGAUGAACCUCCACUUAGCAAGGCUGGGCAGGAUGUGAUUUUGCAUCUGCCCACAGAUGGGGUGAUUCUGGAUGGCCGUGAAAGCACAGAUGACCAUGCCAUCAUCCAGUAUGAGUGGACACUGCUGCAGGGUGACCCAUCAGUGGACAUGAAGGUGCCUCAACCAGGAACCCUGAAGCUGACCCACCUACAGGAAGGAACAUACACCUUCCAGCUGACCGUGACUGACACCGCUGGUCAGAGAAGCUCCGACAAUGUGUCCGUGACAGUGCUUCCCAGGACCUACUCCACAAGAGGGUGCUUGAAUGUUUGCUCACGCUACCACUUCUUCUGUGACAAUGGCUGCUGCAUUGAUAUCUCCCUGGCGUGUGAUGGCAAGCCGCAAUGUCCUGAUGGGUCUGACGAGGCUUUCUGUCAAAACUUGGGCCUUGACCACAAGAUGGUGAGCCACACGCCAGCUAGUCCUGCCCAGCCAGACACAACGGGCCUGAGUGAACAUGCAAGGGAGCACUCAUUGUUGGAAAAGUCCCAGAAAGUCACUGCCCCCAACCUGCUGAUCACCUCAUCAGUCUCAGAGAAGAGAAUUCACUCCACCUCCUGGGGACCAGAGAGCCAAAUCAUUCCUGUGAUGCCAGGUAGUCAUUCCUCAAGCAACAACAGAAAAGAGGAAAAUUAUAUUUUUGAAUCCAAGAGUGAACAAGGCAGAAGAGAACACCCAGCCCCAGAAACAGGUGCAGUGCUACCCCUGGCAUUGGGUUUGGCCAUCACUGCUCUGCUGCUUCUCAUGGUUGCUUGCCGGCUGCGACUGGUGAAACAGAAACUGAAGAAAGCUCGUCCCAUUACAUCUGAGGAAUCUGAUUACCUCAUAAAUGGGAUGUAUCUGUAG